AUGCUAGAGACUCAGAGCUACAGGGAUAUGCCACAGUACAAUCCCCUGACUGCAAACCACUGCUACCACUUUCUACCCAAAGAUGCAGUCCGGCUCUACCAUCUCUUUAAUAAGCAACAGGGUGUCAAUACACAUAUACCACUGGAGCGCAACCUGGAUGAAUGGAUGGACCCAACCUCGCCAAACUUUCGAAAUGAUAUCCAGGAGUCAGUGUUCUACUACUCCAAGCAUGCAGAUGCUGGUGAGCAACUGAAGGUCUGUAUCUGCACCGAGGACAUGGAGAAAAGUGCUUGGCAGUACGUACACCAAUCCACCAUACUCCUGGAUGGCACUUUUGGCAUAUGCACAUCCCGAUUACUCCUCUUCGUGGUAAUGGGUGUGGACGCCAGGCGAAAGGGCAUUCCGCUUGCACUCUUCCUCUUCUCUGCCCCAACCGGCAGUCGUGCCACGCAUGCUGGAUAUAGCACCAGCAUCCUCGCAGAGCUAUUACAGCACUGGAGGGACUCUUUGUCGGGGAGAAAGGGGGUUGCCUUCUGUCCAUAUGUAGCCAUCACCAAUACCGAUAUCAAGGGGCACAGGGCAUUGCUUCUUGUGUGGCCAGAGAUAUGGCUGCUUCUGUGCAAGUUUCACCUUAGGUUGCUGAACAGUGUGGAGCAUGGCGCCGCAUGUGCCCUUAUUGAGGAGGAGCGUAGCAAUUGCAGAGCCCUAGAGAAGCUUGGGGGUGCAGGAGCUGCACCGGCAGCACAGGCGGGUCUAAAGUACCUGGACUACCUAAAGACAAUGUGGAUGCCUGAACCACUGUGGCUAGGCUGGUCACGGCAGGCCAGGAUCAGGGCUUCUGCCAUUCUUUCAGUUCCAGUGGACGACAUUCUCACUACGACAAAUCACCUGGAGUCAUUCAAUCAUGUUUUGAAAAACAAAUGCCUACCGCAAUGGCAGCACUCUGGAGCACGUCUUCGUUUUGACUUCCUCAUCCACAUUCUAAUCACAGAGUUCAUUCCCGAAUUCUUCGCCAGCCGGCGUGAAAGGGAGUGGCUGCAGAGAUGGAUUGACAUGAGAUUCCAGCAGUUCACAGGGGGCGAGCAUCUCUGUAGCUCUCUCGAUGAUCAGAGGCAGGCAAAAGCUGCAAAGGCAUGUUGCUGGUGGGAGGCCGAUACUUUGCAUGAUCAGGCUGCCAGAGUUAUCCUCCAUGCAGGACUACUCACCUCCAUCACCCGCGGAAGUAGCGGGCAUCAGUUUGAGGCAUUGUGCUCAUCAACCGCUGCCAAUUUUGAUGACCCUACUCACGUCCGCUACCGGCUUACUAUCUGCCAAAAUGGCGGAGCAAGAUGUAGCUGCCCUGACUUCCUGCACCGAGGGGGGGCUUGUAAACAUCUGAGAGCUAUGCAAAUGAUAAUUGACGGGUGGGUGGCAGCUGGGAACGUACCACACUUCAACUAUCCAUCCUCACUUCCCGAGGCACGCCAAAUCAACACCAUCCCAGUGAUUCCUCCCAUUGAGCCACGCCCACAGGCUGCUGCGAUCAUCAGCAGCAUGCUCAUGCUACAAGAUAUGGCGGCGGAUCUUGGAGGCGCACAAGUCGAUGCUGCCAUGGGGAGUGGAGCAGCUGGGAGAGCAAUGGGCCUUCUCGGUGCAGGUCCCUCAUUGGUUGCAAUACAAGUCCAGCAGCGUGCAGAGCAAAUCAUACAGAGCGUCCUUCCGCAGCUGCGUGGGCUGGCCCUGAUCAUGCAAGAGUCAAAACUAUCAGAGUCAUCCCAGAUAACUGAGAUACGUGAAGUGGUGUCACGACUGCAUUUAUCCCUGUCAGGGCAAAUAGAGGCUGGCUCCAGCCUCCCUGCACCGCCAGAGCCAAGUGCCACCCAUUACAGCAAGUGCCACCGAGGACUGGGAUUACUGUCACCCUCCCCAGAACUCAAGCAGAAGCGGCACAAGUCAUAUGCCACAUUAUAG